AUGUCUCAAGAUACGAACCUAUGGAGCGUCCGCAGGAAAAGAGAGACGUUGGCGGGCAUCAGUACGAAUAGCGGAAUACCAGCUCCGGGCAGCUUGAAGCGCCCGAAUCCGAGCUCCAGCUACGGCAGCGCUCACGGACGCUCAGUAUCGGGAUCUAGGCACUCCUUGGCUGUAACGCGACCGAAUCCGCCAAUGUUCCCGCGCGCAUCAUCAGGCGCCAACCUGGCUGACCUCGGAUUAUCUUCUGUCAAGCGAACCUCCUUUCAACAGUCCAGAGCGACUUAUACUCCUUCAGCAUUCACUCCCGGCCUGGCGAGACCGUCGAUGGAAAGCGACAGGCGCAGCAGCGUAUACCGACCGCGACCAUCAACAGCCGGCCCUGUAAGCCACCAGAGCUUUUUCCAAACAACGCCCCAGGCGGCGGGAGUUCCACGCGACCCGCGGCCCUUGAGAGAUCGAUCAUUCCAAGCCCGAAUCGCCCAGGAGCUGAUGGAUUUCAUGGUCCAACACAAUUUUGAGAUGGAAAUGAAGCAUUCGCUGUCGCAAAACAUUCUCAAAUCUCCGACUCAAAAGGAUUUCAAUUUCAUGUUCCAGUGGCUUUACCACCGGAUUGACCCUAGCCAUCGGUUCCAGAAAAAUAUUGAUCAAGAAGUGCCACCCAUUCUGAAGCAGCUUCGAUAUCCCUUUGAGCGUAGCAUCACAAAAAGCCAGAUUGCCGCGGUGGGCGGACAGAAUUGGAGCACCUUUCUUGGUCUUUUGCACUGGAUGAUGCAGCUGUCGCAAAUGCUGGAUGGCUAUGCCAACAACCAUUAUAUGGAAGCUUGUCUCGACGCGGGCGUCGAUGUAAGUGGCGAUCAGAUCAUCUUUGGCUUUCUUAGUAGUGCAUACAGAGACUGGCUCGCUAUGGAUGACGAUAUGGGCGACGAGGAUGCAGAACGACUACUAGCUCCGCACGUUGAGGCAAUGGCUAGGGCGUUUGAACAGUCCAACUCUAAAUAUACAGCGGAACUCGAAAUGCUAGAGGCCGAAAACGAGAGACUUUUGAAGGAAAUCGAAGACCUUGAAAAAUCGACUCCAGAUCCUGCUGUUUUGGAUAAUCACUUUAAAAUCAUGGAGGAGGAUCGCAUCAAAUUUGAGGACUACAACGAGCUCGCGGUUCAACGCUCAGAAAAAUAUGAAGCCAGAAUUCUAGUCUUACAAGCGGAGCUGGAUAAGUUAAGGGAGGAAUUGAAAGAGGUUGAAGAAGAGCGACGAGGACUUCAAAAGGCUGUUGACGACCAGGGCAUCAGCAUGCAGGAUAUCGACCGCAUGACUUCGGAACGUGAACGCCUGCAAAAAGGUAUUGAGUCGGCCGGACAGCGGCUCGAUGAAAUCAAGAAAAAGGUGAUGGAGAAGGAAGCUGAAGCUAGCCGAAAGCUCGAUGAGCUCGAGCGCGUGGUGGACAAGUACAACACAAUAGCCUAUCAGAUUGCGCUCAUUCCGGCUACGGCGGUCAACGCCAAAGGCAGAGAGUACGAGCUGCAGGUAACUCUUAACGAGAAUAGCAUGGGCUCGUCAAAUUGGAAGAGCUCCAGCACAACACACACUCCUGCGACAGAUCGAUUGCUUGUGGACGCUGUAACGGGCUAUCAACCGGGGCAUGUGCUCAACCUGGACCUUCGAGGACAAAUCCGAAACAGCUUUAUAUCUUUGCGGAAAGAAAUUGCAGACCGACGCGGGGCUGUCAUGGACGAUAUGAUGAAGGAUCACGAUCUCUUGGACGGCAUUAAGGAAGCCAUCGAAGACAAACGGAACGAGGUCGAGGCUUUGAAUCACCGAGUCAGGGCGGCAGAAGAGGAAUAUGAAAAGACCAAAGAAGUUGCUACGGCGCAGAAGAUGGCAUCUGAUGCGCAAAUUGAAAAGAUGGAAAAGGAGCUGUCCAGAAUGCGCGCUGGUUUGACAGAAUCGGUACAAUUACUGGAACAGCGCGAGAUUAAUACCACCAUAGAGUAUGAACAGCUGGUAUUGCGAGCCAAUUCGCUACGAGAAGAGCUUCACACGGAGAUUGAUCGUAUGCUAAACGAUGUAAUCAAGUUCAAGAUUCACGUUCAAAAGAGCCUGGACGACUACGAGGGCUUUGUAGCAGACGAGCUAGAAAAGGAGCUAGGGGGUGACGAGAUGAUGCUGGAUGAAACCCGAACACUACCGGACAUCUAA